UCGGAUUUCGGUGUGUCACAUGUGCCCCGUUUUAAGAUUAAGUUCGUGAGCACCAUGUGAAGUCCUAGUAAAAGUGUAUACGUAAAUAACACAGCCUUGCAUGGGGCGAUAAAGCGAUAGUAAUACAAGUAUAUUUCAUACAAUUAUGAUCGAUGUAGUUUGAUACAUGUGAUAAGUUCGGACGAGACGGGUUUACCUGAUUCACUAAAGAUGGGUCUUGUCGAAUACAUCCACCCAUCGCUCGCUACAGCGGACUGGGAACAACUGAACGUGAAGCUUAACUACAUCGGCCUCUCCUUUGCCUUCUUUUGCGCAGUGUAUGGCGCGUCGUCGGCAGUUUCUUCUCCUCUGGUCACGUACAAGAACCUCCGCACGAAAGAGAAGAUAUUUUGGAACCUUGCCAUUGUCCGUGCGGUGUACGGUAUCUACUGCACGGUAUUCGGCCUGUGGGCGAUCUUCGUUGACACGGAACUAGAACACGACGUCGUAUUUGCCACCACGCCCACUAGCCAUUUCGCAAUGUGCACCACCGUUGGCUUCUUCAUAUUCGAAUGCAGCAUGAUCUUGUGGUCGGACAUCUACUACAAACAGUUCAACUUGCUUCUUAACCUCCACCAUUGGCUUUCCCUCAUCGCCUACUCGACGCUUAUCUACGUGAAAAGCACCCACUUCUUUGGCACGCGGGGUUUGAUCCUCGAAAUGUCCACGCCGUUCAGUUGCCUCUGCUGGACUCUCUUAAAGGCCGACAUGGCGCAUACCUUGCUCUGGAAGGCCAACCAGUUCAUACUGGUUCACACCUUCCACCUCCGGUCCGUGGUCGAGUUUUCAAUGUGGUACUGGACCUACAACCACUGGGACCGGAUAUGGAGCGCCAUGCCGAUGCCCAUGUUUGCCCUCUUCUACACGCAACUGACGCUCGUUGCGUUCGUGAUGACGCCAUAUUGGACAUACAAGAAGACGGUGCAAAUGAUCAACCCCGUGGAUUGGAACUUCGAGGAUUCCAAUAAGCACAAGGCGAAGAAUGGUUCGGUCAAACGCGAAUAAACCGUUAAUAUUUGCGUCAAAUGUAUUGAUCAUUGAUUUAUUAUUAUGGUAACCUAAUACUCAAUUACGAAUGUGCGCAGUAGAUAAUUUCUAUGAAUAUUGUGAAGCCAUCCUCAUACUUUCAGGUUUUGCGUUUGCCAGCCCACAUUAACGGACAUAUUUUUUUCGAAAACAUAUCGUGACGCUGUUAUUCAGUUUCAUUCUGAUCAUGAGGAUGAACUUCCGAAUUCAUUAAUUUUUAUUAAAUAAAACUUGGUUGUACUAAAUUUCAGUUGUGGUCAGCGAUGUUUACAGCAAACCGUGCCUUUGCAAAUUAUAUAUGAUUUAUCGUAUGCAUAAAAAUUAAAACCGACAGUAGACUCUGUGCUUUACUUUCUUCCCUAUUAAUUUAUAAGCUCGUAUAACGUAUUUGCGUGGAAUGUUAAGUAAAAGAACUGUUUUGAAACUAAAUAGAACCCUCGGUAUUAGUUAAAAGAUCAGAAAUAUUGUAAGAUUGUCUUUAUGUAAUUUUAUGUGCUUUUUAAAAUGCAUUUUCUUACUGUUGAAAUAUACUACACUACAUCAAGAAUACAUGUUAUGUGCAAUAUUUAAACAAAUGAUACUCGACAGUCUGUUUCUAUAUAAAUCUGAAUGCACUUUAAAACCUAUAUAUUGACAAAUAUAUAAGCUGAACUUAAGUGCCAAUUUAAAAAUCAAUUGAAACAGUACGCUGGUAAUAUGAAAUUAUGUUUAGUUUUGUUUUAACGCCCCGGUCCACCGACAAUUACUUGUUUGAUACUGUAAUGGCAUCAGAAAUUAUGAGGGGAAAUGGGAUUUAUUCUACUAACACACAUUUCGUUUGUAAAAACAUAUUGAAUGUUAAUGUGUGUGACUUUUAGUGCAAACAGAAUUUAGACUUCAUAAGUCGCUUGUUACCAUGGUUGUGUAAUUUUCUCUAUAAAGCCUGGAGGCAUGACAUCCUUUAGCGUGUUUAACAAUUAUGCAAUAACAAUCACCAAAUCAGUUAUAUUAAGCGAUUGGAAACGAUUAAUGUGAAAUUAUCUGUUUUAAGUAAAUGUGUGCUGGGGCUUUAAUGCUUUGUUUACAAUAUACAUGCAUGUUUUUUUUUCGGUGCAAUAUGAUGUGUUUUCCUUGUGUUAUAUUAUUAUUUGAAAUAAAUAUUGUUCAUAGUA